UGUGGUCUUCCCAGUUCACUGCCUAUUACUACCGUAGUCAGUGGUGGAGAGGAUGGUACUGUUAUUUCAGAAAUAUUUUCUAUACUAUCUUAUGCAACAUCAGCGAUCAAGGACCAACAAACCGGAGAAACAAAUAACAUCAAGGGCAGACUAAACAAUCUGGUGUUCCAUUCAUGCCUUCUGUUGGCAACAGUUGCCCAAUGUUUGAAUGUAAGUGGGAGAAAUUCUGCUUUGUUGAUGCUGACAACUUCUCCAAAGAAGCAUCUACAUCGUCUUUCUGCCAUAGCCAAUCAUAUUGCCUCAGAGGACAAAAUCGAAGCCUCCCUUCAGAAUCACUCUGCAUCAGCUAUGCUUGCUCUUGCUUCUAUCCUCUCUCUUGAAAAAGGAUCUUCUGCUGAAUCUUCUGUCUCUGAGAUGGCAGUGCCUCUGAUUCCUCGAGCUACUAAGCUGUGUUAUCAUCUAAGGCCGAUGCCAAGUAAUGAAGGUGAAGUCAUAUCUCCUUCUGCCAAGCCUAAUCUUACGAAAUGGCAUGGACUUCUAGAUGGAUGCAUUGGUUUAUUAGAAUCCAGAUUGAAGUGGGGAGGACCUUUAACAGUUCAGCAGCUUAUUGCUAGUGGUACACCAUUGCUUCUUAUGAAUCUGUUAGCUGGCAGACUUUCAAAUGCUUCGCCAGAUGACAUCAAGAACACUCCCAAUCGAAUUGGCUUGUCCCCUAUGGGCGUUAUAUGGGCUGUUUCUUCUAUUUGCCACUGUCUUUCGGGCGGCACUUUAACUUUCCGUCAAGUUCUAUUGAAGACUGAAAACAUGAAACUGGUUUCUUAUUUAAUGUCUGAGGCUCAUAUCAAGCUAGUAAAGAGCUGGGGAGGUCCAGGAGGAGGAAAAGAUGGAGCCAGAGAGACGAUAAAUGUGAUAAUUGAUCUGCUUGCCUUUCCUUUUGUUGCUCUACAAAGUCAGCCAGGUCCGUUAUCUGCAACAGCUUCUGUGAAUAGUGGAUUCAUUCUCAACGUGGGCUCUCCUGGCGUGAGAGUGUGCAUCGAAGAUAGAGAUCUGCUAAAGGCUAUAGAGGAGGAUAUGGAUAAAUACAUAAAAGUCCUCGUGGAGGUGGGAGUGCCCAGUUUAAUUCUUCGUUGCUUGGAACACUUGGACGUAAAAGAUUUAGUAAGGCCUGUUGCUUUUCUUGCCAAAAUGGUGGGCCGUCCACGUCUUGCGGUAGAGCUGGUUAGCAAAGGUCUGUUGGAUCCUAACAGAAUGAAAAAAUUACUCAACAAUUCAAGUCCAAGAGAAGUCAUACUUGAUGUUCUGAUGAUCAUAUCUGAUCUAUCGAGGAUGGAUAAGGCUUUCUACAAAUACGUCGGUGAGGCUUCCGUUUUGCAGCCUCUAAAGGAGUUUCUGACUCAUCCGGAUCCAAAUAUACGCGCAAAAGCUUGUAGCGCUCUUGGUAACAUGUGCAGACACAAUGAAUAUUUCUAUAGUUCUCUCGCGGAACAUCAAAUCAUCGGUCUCCUCAUUGAUCGAUGCGCUGAUCCUGACAAACGAACACAGAAAUUCGCUUGCUUUGCUAUUGGGAACGCUGCUUACCAUAGUGACAAGCUAUACGAAGAACUAAGACGAUCUAUAACGCAGCUAGCAAACGUUUUGACCUCAGCCGAAGAAGACAAGACGAAAGCGAACGCUGCUGGUGCAUUGAGCAACCUUGUCAGAAACUCCAACAAGCUUUGUGAAGAUAUAGUCUCCAAAGGAGCUUUACAGACGUUACUGAAGUUGGUCGCGGACUGCUCGGCCACUGCCCUGAACCCAAGCAAGAAAGAGACAGCAACCGAGUCACCGCUGAAGAUAGCACUCUUCUCGCUGGCUAAAAUGUGUUCGAACCACCAGAUUUGCAGACAGUUCGUGAAGUCAUCGGAGUUGUUCCCGGUCAUCGCGAGGCUUAAACAUUCCCCUGAGACUAAUAUCGCUCACUAUGCUUCAGUUAUUGUUGCCAAAGUUGGUGGUGGUGGUUCUUAAGAAGAAACGAGACGUCCCUGUAAAUCCAUUAUGUCACAUCACUGUUUCACUACUUUGCAGUAUUGUUAUUACGUUUGAAAUCGAUGAAAAAUGCGCAAACGAUCGUAAA